AUGGAAACAAACCUUAAAAAAGCAGACGGAAAUGCCGACUGCCACCACCCUAGACGACCCACUGUCGCCCUACAACUCCCAUCUGCACCCACCGAACGCCACCACAACUUUGUUGCUUCUUCCUUCGGUCUAGCCAAACCCCAGAGGUCCUCCCUUUUCCCCUCGUUUUCUUCCUUCUCUGCUGUUCCCAUCGACCGCAUCGUCGCUCACCGUCGAAGGAAACCCACCGCUCGUCGAUCACCGUCGAUCACCGGCGUCGGUCGUCGCUGCUACGGUGCCUCCGUCGUUGCUACUGCUGCUACCGAUUUGGUGAUGGCAUCUUCAACGGCGGGAGUGGGGUUCUUCAGUAUCUUCUUCAUCAUCGCCGGGAAAUUAGUGGAGAAGAUGUUGUCGGCGUCUGUGGUGGAGGCGGACUCGCCAAUGUCUGUUGUGGCCGGAAUCGGUGUCGCCAACGUCGCUAUGGCCGGAGUCGAAGAUAGCUAUUGUCGAUCGAUCUCAGAAGCCGUUGGGGGUGCAUGA